GCCGCAGCCCCACACCUGCCGGGAUGUCCGGACAAAUAAAGCGGUGUAAACAAAAAGGGGGGAGAUGGACGUGUCACCAAGUCGUGUGAGAAAAGCCUGGGAACAAACGGGGCGCCUCCGUCUCCAAGAGCUCUCCCUUGAACCCGGCGGAACAGCCUAUUAAAGGCUUACUUAAUUACUUUAAUGACUCUGGACAGGCUUUAAAACGCACUCGGCGCUGGGACUGCGGGCUUGCUGGGAUUUGUAAACAGGCAAUCGUGUGAGACUCAGCGGUGGGACUAAAGGAGGCGACACUGUUUUUGUGAGGGUCCUCGCCCCCCGGUGCCCGCGGCCGCUGCGCCCCUGCGCUCUGCGUCUGCUGCAGGCGCUCGCUCGCCCGCCGGCCCCAGUUUACCGCCUCCUUUUCCCGCCGGGGCUGUUGCCAUGCAAAUGUUAUUCCCCCGCCGAUCACGUGUCCUUUGAAGGGCCACGUGGAUUAACAAAGCUGAUCUGCCCCCAGCUCGCCCCCCUCGGCUGCUAAUUUUUUUUUCUUAACUUCUUUAAAACUGAUCUUGAAUGCAUACAUCCCCCCAAACGCAGCUCCCCUAAUCCUAUGGAAUAAUUCAACUCGUGAAUGCACUUGGAGCCCUAGAUGACCGCUUUAUAAGGCAGCCCCUCGGAGUUGGGAGGCUGCAGUCUACCUGGGACACUCGAGGAGGCACACGAGGCGGAAAGUGGACGGGUGACUCGCGCCACCGCCUCUCCCGAGGGCGCGUCCUGACCAGGAUGUCAGACAAGCUUAAGGAACGCAAAAGAACCCCUGUUUCCCACAAAGUGAUAGAAAAGCGGAGGAGGGACCGGAUAAACCGCUGCUUGAACGAGCUGGGCAAGACGGUACCCAUGGCCCUGGCGAAGCAGAGUUCCGGUAAGCUGGAGAAGGCGGAGAUCCUCGAGAUGACCGUUCAGUACCUGAGGGCCCUGCACUCCGCUGAUUUUCCCCGGGGAAGGGAAAAAGCAGAACUGCUAGCAGAGUUCGCCAACUACUUCCACUACGGCUACCACGAGUGCAUGAAGAACCUGGUGCAUUAUCUCACCACCGUGGAAAGGAUGGAGACCAAGGACACCAAGUACGCGCGCAUCCUCGCCUUCCUGCAGUCCAAGGCCCGCUUGGGCGCCGAGCCCGCCUUCCAGCCGCUGGGUUCGCUCCAGGAGCCGGAUUUCUCCUAUCAGCUGCACCCAGCGGGGGCCGAGCUCACGGGCCACAGCCCCGGGGAGGCCUCCGUUUUCCCGCAGGGCGCCGCCCCCGGGCCCUUUCCCUGGCCGCACGGCGCAGCCCGCAGCCCGGCGCUGCCCUACCUGCCCGGCGCGCCGGUGGCGCUCCCGAGCCCCGCGCAGCAGCACAGCCCCUUCCUGACGCCCGUGCAGGGGCUGGACCGGCACUACCUCAACCUGAUCGGCCACGCCCACCCCAACGCCCUCAACCUGCACCCGCCCCAGCACCCUCCGGUGCUCUGACGCCGCCUCGCCCGCCUGGGUUCUCCGCGCGCGCCCGGCGCGACGUAGGAAAAACACCGUACGUUGUACAGAUGUAAAUAGUGUGCCAACAAAAAAGCUGGGUGGGGGAAGGUCAAGAGCAAAUUAGUCUCCUGAAGGAUCUCCCCCUGGCAAUAAACGUUUUCUGAUAAAGACCCAA